CUUCCGGGAGAGGAACAAAAACGGCGCGCAGGCAGGGUGCACCCAGCCACCGCUUCCGACUGCGUCUGUCCCUCUCACUGCCGCCCACCAGCUGCCAGAAUGCCAAACUGGGGAGGAGGCAAGAAAUGUGGGGUGUGCCAGAAGACAGUUUACUUUGCCGAAGAGGUCCAGUGCGAGGGCAGCAGCUUCCAUAAGUCCUGCUUCCUGUGCAUGGUCUGCAAGAAGAAUCUGGACAGCACUACUGUGGCUGUGCAUGGAGAGGAGAUUUACUGCAAAUCCUGCUACAGCAAGAAGUAUGGGCCAAAAGGCUAUGGCUAUGGGCAGGGCGCAGGCACGCUGAGUACUGACAAGGGAGAAUCCCUGGGCAUCAAGCAUGAGGAGGCCCCUGGCCACAGACCCACCACUAACCCCAAUGCGUCCAAGUUUGCCCAGAAGAUCGGAGGCUCUGAGCGCUGCCCUCGAUGUAGCCAGGCAGUCUAUGCUGCGGAGAAGGUGAUUGGGGCUGGAAAGUCUUGGCAUAAAUCCUGCUUCCGAUGUGCCAAGUGUGGCAAAGGCCUCGAGUCAACCACACUGGCAGACAAGGAUGGUGAGAUUUACUGCAAAGCAGCGAGCCUGGCCCACUGGGGGCUGCCAGGAGAGGUCUGUGCGCCCAAGAGGAUCGGUGGUUCCCAAAAGUCAAAUGGAUUCUCCCUUUCUGGGAAGGGCCGGAAGAAGUGGCCACCGCGGGUGCCUCUAGACAGCAAGCUGGAGUCUGGCAGCCCUCUGCUGGCGGCGCGGCCGGCCUUUCGGCAGCCGGCCCAGGCUUCCCUCCCAGCUACUGCUCCUCUUGCUGCCUCACUGCGGGACCCCUGCCCUCCCAGUGCAGGCCCUCGGUGGAAAAAAGAGCCGGCUUUGCAGCUCCGGGGAGUGAAGCUGAAGCCCUGCGUCACAGGCAGCUGA